AUGGAACGAUCCGAGAUCAUCCCCGAGACCAAGGCCAAUCUCGGGAGGGGCCAUGUGUUUUACCACUUCUCGCUAAAGACAGAAGAGACGAAUGCGCCGAACGCAAGCUUCGAGCAUCAGAUCGCGUUCUUUGAGAGCCAUUUCACCGAGCUCAAAUACGGCACCACGAGCGGCACUUCAGGUGAAGAUAACACCCUCCGCUGGUGCGUCGGUGGUGCGUCGCACUGGGAAACCAACUUGAAACCAGGGCAUUGGUACAACUUCGCUUACGAUAUUGACUUCGACGCGAAAACAGUUGGACUAUGGGCAUCGAAUGGAUGCGAUAACCUGACGCAGGUUGUAUCGGCUGUCAACGCAUCGACUUGGACGGACUCAGCGGAUUGGCAUAUCGGCGAAUUGAGGCUCUCUAAUGGGGGUUUGAACGCAACCCCGGAGGAUUGGUUUUGGUCUGGUAUAUUUGUGGAGAAGAGUCCAAUCACGGCUUCCAUUGCGGGUCCUGCGUGA